UUUUACUGUCACACAGCGUGAAACAUAAAUAAAACAUAAUAGUUUUUCUAAAAAUCAUGACUUAAUAUUAGGCUGUAAACUAUUAAUAUGAAGUAAUACAUUUAAAAAUAUAGCUGCCAUUUACAUAUUUGUUUUAUCUAAUGACAUUAUGGAUGGUUUAAUUCACGCGGCAUUGGAAGCUGAGUCUAUUCUGAACCGGGCGAAACAUGUGAAUAGUACUUCGUCACAAUUUGACAGUGGUGUCCCAGACCAUAAAAUGACUUGGACCCACGAUAAGAUGCAUCUGACUGAGUCUGUUGAUAACUCUAGAAUGAAAUUUCAAAGGAACUCUGUUGGAUCCGCCGCUUCUAAGCCAGAAAAGUUUGAUUUGUUCAAGAAGCUUCAUGAACUAUAUAAUGAUUUGAGUAGAGAUGAAGCAUCACAGGUGAACUAUCAAGGUUUAAAGACAUCAUCAUAUCUACUAGAAAAGUUAUUGGCAACAUAUAAUCUAAAUACAUUAAUAAUUAACUUGUAUCCAGGAAACAAAGGAUAUUCAUUGUCUCUGAGAGUUAAUGGCAAUACACAAUAUCUACAUCCAUCAGAUGCUAAUACAUCAUCAGCUCAAGAUGAGACUUUAAUAGAAACACCACGAUGGCCAUAUGAGGAGGAGGAACUUUUGAGUUACAUUGACAAUGAAGAGCUACCUGUUGUGCUGCUUGACUUGUUGGAAUCUGAACACUCAUGUCUUUUUUACUCAGGGUGUAUAAUAGCUCAGAUAAGGGAUUACAGACAGGCAUAUCCUAGUUUUCUUUGUGAUACACACCAUGUGUUGCUAAGGCCUACAAAUCAGAGCAUAAUAACCGACGCGAUGUGUAUCGGCGGACGAUGCGGGUGGGCGGGCGAGGAGCGUGGGGCGCUGGAGGCGUUGGAAGCUGCGCUGGUGCAUGCGGCGGCUCCCCCGCUGUGCCUAGACCCGCGGCCGGCUGUCGGAUUGCUGGCUGCCCGGCUGCACGCUGCACCUCGCUUACUCAACACACCACGCAUCAGGCGUCAGGCGAAGAGGUUCUCACAGGUUGCAGUAAAUAGAAAACGUAAAUUAGAUCAAUUCACACAUUAUCAUGGAUUAGAGUUGUUGGAACUAAUACACAAACAGAGGGUGAAGAACAGUAGACAGUCUGUGCCUCCUACAAGGUUGUCAUCCAAAUACCCAAAGAAGCCUCCAGAGGUUUUCAAGCCUAUAGAAGCUCCAAGAAUGGAUCCACUAUCUUUGGCUAUGCCAUCAGAGCCAAGUGGACCACUUCGGGUAGCACGAGCUUAUGAGCGUCCAAGGCCUACUUCAGACUGUCAGCCACAACUCUUUGAAGAGUACAUUCUGGAGACAGAAAAAACAUCUCCACACGCCGGAGCUGGCUUCUUCCAUAUAAAACUAUCAAUACUACAGAGACCGUCCGAUCAAGAGUUCCUUGGUGAAUUAUAUGUAGAUAGAGAUCAUGUUGAAGGGGAAAGAAAUGGAGCUGCAUGUAGAUUUUCUUUAGGGUCAAGAGUACAAGCUAACAAAUAUAUACAACAGUUUACGGAGAUAUUCACUGAAGAGGGUCGUAAAUCAGUCAGAAUAAAGCACAUUGUACCUGGACAGCUUCCAAGAGUGUCAUUUACAGGAAGCAUGAGAGAAUUGCAGGGUCAACAAUUGUUGCUUCAACGGUCGGCGGCGGCUGCCGCGGCGGCUGCAGCGGCCAGCAGCGCAACUGUACACACUCACGCCACUACAGUGCCUAUUGUGACAUCUGCAAUUGCGCCAACUCCGAAUACUCAUACAAGUACACGUCAGUUGCCGAUACUGCAGGCACAACUUCAGCAAGUUGGUAGCAUAGGCAACGUGGCGGCCGUCGGCAACGUGGUGGGCAGUGUCGGGACAGUUGGCAGUGUGGGCAGCGUCGGUAGUGUGGGCAGUGUUGGCAGCGUGGGCAGUGUUAGCAGUGUGGGCAGCGUUGGCAGUGUGGCAGCGGAGACUGUACUCAAACAGCAGCCUUCGCCCAGUACUCCGCGGUUGUCUCCACAGGUGCACGACAUCCACUCAACGCAGGCGUCGUCAAACCAAUUACUCGCGCAGCAACUUACUAAUCCCCAACAACCACUGAAUCCACAAAAGAUGCAGUCGGCUAUAAUACAUAUACAGCACCCGCUCAUGUCUACUGCUGGCACGUCGCAGGUACAAAAUAUUCAGUACACAAACACGUCAUCAACACAACAGAAAGCGACAAUUACAAAACCGCGAACAACGAAUCCUGCCAUCAGUGCGCUAGUGACUAGCCUGAUGAAUUCAGCACAACAGUUUCAGCAAGCAGCGAGCCAGAACGCCGCUAAGAACGUAGCGAGCACUUCUAACAGCAACGCGACGAUACUGAACCUGCUGAACAGCGCGCCGGCCGCGAUGACGCACGUGACGUCAUCCGCGGAGUCGCCGGACACGCACAAGUUGCUCGGCCGCGUGUCCAUCGCGGGCGCCCGCCUCCUGCCCGCCACCACCGCCUCGCAUCCCUCGCAUCCCUCGCAUCCCUCGCAUCCCUCGCAUCCCUCGCAUCCCUCGCAUGCACUUCCGGCGUAUACACAACAGGGUGUGGGUGUACAAGUAAUGAGCGGGUACGCGCGCGAGAACGAGUCGACAAACGUGUCGAGCAGCGAGAGUGCGCUGCUUGAGCGGCUUAUAGGUUCCGAGGGCGCGCCAGCCACGCAACAGCAACCACAGGCGCAACAGCAACCUCAAGCACAAGCGCAACCUGUCUGCCAUUUACAGGGCUUAAGCCUAGCAUCUCUCCAAGGGCUGCAAGGUAUUCAAGGUUUGCAGAAUGUGCAAGUGCAAAUACCGGGGUUGUCGGCGCCAAUAUCGCUGUCGCUGAACAUGUCUGGUGCUCCAAGCGGUCUGCUCGUCUCCGUCCCCUCCACCACGUCUGUGGUGCUUACUAAUCAACCGUCGGUGCUUUCGUUACCUAUUGCGCACCUGAUGUCUGGCGGCGUGAAGGGCGCGGUGCGGGGCGGCGCGGUGCAGGUGGUGCGCGGGGCGCGCGGCGGGCGGCCCCCCCCGCGGCCCGCGGCGCGCGCCGCCGCCCCCGCGGGCCCCGCCCCCGCCCCCGCCGCCCCCGCCGCCCCCGCCGCCGCCGCCGCCGCCGGCUCCACCGCGCACUCCAUCGCCACGCUGCAGCCCGCCGCCGCGCCCUCCGGUACUACACAAUUCAUCACUCAAGCCCAGGCGCAGGCUUUAAACGCGCAUCAAGUUAGGCGAAAAUCCAACGCUGAGAGUUCAUAGUAAAUAUAUAAUUGUAGUAUACUGCCGGCCUAGAGAAUGUCUGUAAAUACACAUUAGGUAAAUUUAUUGUAGGUGUAAUUAAAUUAAGAUGACUGCUUAUGGUGAAUUCCACAUGUAAAAUGUAGUAUUUAACAAUUUUUUAAGAGACCAAACUAUGCCAUUUGGUUACAGCAUUAUAGAGUUAGCUUGAUACCAAGUGCAUGUGAAUUUUAUCCAAGCUUCAUAUUUUAGAAAAGGUAAAUUAUUUAAUAUUUCGACCUCUAAUUAUCGGACAUACAGAGACAUUUGAUAAUUUAAAAAUCGAAU